AUGCUGCCUUGGUUGCACGCGCCGGUUCAGCGCUUUGGCACGCUUAGCCUCUGCCUGCUGCUGUGGCUGUGGCAGCUGGUGGACUUGGCGCCUCUCACUUACUGCCGCCGCCAUGGUGUCUAUCGCAGCCAUCGGUUGAUAACUUCGGGAGCCCUGUUCAAGUUGGUUGGUCUGUGGAUAGUUGCGCCGCUGCUCUUUCGCCUGACUAUGGCGCUGUACGGGACCACGAAUGUGGCGCAUAGUGAUCUGUUCACGACCAUUGCGGAGCUGACCAUGGCCAGUGAUAUGAUUAUCUCGCUGGUGCUACUGGGGGCUCACAUCUGGCGGCGCCGGCACCUGGCUAAGCUGUUGAACGGUGUGGUGCGUCUAGAGCUGCAUCGGCAGGGGCUGCGGCGUCCACAGCUGCUGCUGCUGCUGUGGGCCAAACUGCUGCUCUCCUCGUACGAGCUGCUCUGCAACGUUCCCUUCCUGCGCCGCCACGCGCGUCUUCUGGCCUGGUGGCGUCUGCUCGCCUAUGCUGCCCAGCAGUAUGUACAGCACCUGAGCACCGUCUACACCAAUGGCAUCUUUGCCCUCCUGCUGCUGAUGCUAACUGGCCUGGGGAGGCUGGAGCAGGACUGGCAGCAGUACGAGGGAGAUCGCUCCGAGCGCCGACGUCUGCUGCGCCGCGAACGGCAGCUGCUGAAGCUGUGCGAGACGUUCGUACAAUGCUUUCAGCUGGGCAUCUUUCUCGUCCUCAUCGGACACUUUCUCAACAUUCUGGCCAACAUGUACGCCAUGCUGGACUACUUCGUGUCCCAGCACGGAGUGCCCUUGACCAUGUCCAACUACUGUCUCUUCGUCACCAUUGAGCUGUACGCCCUCGUGCUGGUCGCCUACAUGUGCCAGGCUCGGCAUGCGCGCCUUCGCGACCGUUGUCUGGAGCAGUGCUAUGUGCCCGAGCGAAUGAGUAAGCAGCAGGCCAUGCAAAGGACGCCGUUGUUUCUUCUGCCCACAUCCACUUUUCAGUUCUCGAUCCUGGGGCUCUUCGUGCUGGACAAUGAAUUCUGGCUAUUCCUCGUCUCGUAUGCCGCUGACUUUAUUGUUAUCAUACUGCAGUUUACUUUAACGAACAUUAAACGUUAA